UGAUAUCCCCAUGCAUCAAACAAUGCAGGGGCUACAAAUAGACCGGGGCUACAUGAUCUGUUUGUUGACCGUGGCCAUUUGAAGAGUUUUGAUGUGACAGGAAACCCUCUGAGAAUUCGGUGUCCUCAACGCCCAUUGGCUGAUCGUCCAGCCACAAAGGUUCCCGUCGUUUGAGGCGAAAUGGACUGCCCCGGGAAUCUAUAUAUCAAGCUGAUGUCAACGCGAAACAUGAAUAAUAAACUUGUCAUCAUUCAAUCAUUCACUGCCUCCUGUAUAUAGGGGUGUAUCGGGAUGCAGUGCUGUUGGAGCCUGGGCGGUGGUACGAUGGAUACGUCGAGGAUAAAAAUAGUAAACAUUGUUCUCUAUUACGGAAUACUACUCCUUUUAAUUCACGUGCAACAUAUAAACGCAAAUGGCAUUCUUUCCAAGGAGGACUUGCUAUUUAAGAAACUGCAGGACGCCCGUAGCGGCACGAUGGCAAGGCCGGUCAGGAAUGCUUCAGAGGCUGUCCAGGUCAACGUGAGAGCAAGUCUAAUUCAGAUACUUGACUUGGACGCCAAGGAGCAGUCGGUUAGCAUAUCAGCGUAUAUGGAAGUGAAAUGGUUAGAGCCACGAUUUGAAUGGAACCCAGCAGAUUACGAUGGGGUGUCAAAGGUUGUUGUAGACGCCAAUGAUCUGUGGAUCCCGGAUGUUGGCCUGGUUAACAGCCUUGAUGGAGACUUUGACUUCUCAAAGAGCAAACCUUUUCGAAUUUUGGUGGAGUCGGACGGGACAGCAAGGUGGUUUCCAGGAGGAAUCUUCCGCGUUCCAUGUCCUUUAGAUCUGACCUAUUUCCCAUUCGAUGAGCAGAACUGUACGUUCAUCUUAUCGAGCUGGAGCUACAACGCCCUUGCUUUGAAAUUACGGACGGUUACCGGGACUAUGACGGUUGAGACGAUGGUGUCACAGACGGAAUGGGGUGUUGGUGAGGUUUCUAUUCACGCCAUGGACAGGCAACCAGAUUUAUCCACUGGUUUCCAAAACUCUGCAUUCUCGUUCUUGUUUAUCAGUUUGACAUCGGCGAGAGAUCCCAUGUUUUAUAUCACGAACAUUAUCAUACCUGCCAUUAUCAUUUCUUUGCUGGUCCUGACCGUGUUUUUCCUACCCUGCGAGUCGGGAGAAAAGGUGUCACUGGGUGUGACGAUUCUUUUGGCCUUCACAGUAUUUCAGCUGGUUGUUGCAGAGACGUUACCACCUAACACCAAGGCGACACCUCUAGUCGUUAUCUACCUGACAGUGCUGAUGACAACGACGGCCAUAUCAACGGUGGUGUCCGUGAUCGUCCUGAACCUCUACCACAUGCAGUCCGAGACCAGAAUUCCAGGAUGUGUGCGGGUUUUUAUCUAUGAUGUCCUGGCCAAAAUAAUUUGUUACAGGACCUUCCAUAGGCUGAAGUCUAGUGAAAACUUAUCAGACCAGAGUGAAAGUGUUCCGGCAGAUGACAUGGACAAGACCAACUAUAUCAACAACAUCUUAGGAGGUAAAGUCAAAAAUGAAGAGACGGAGAUUAUGAUGGAAGGGAACAGCGAUGGUGAAAUCGCUGCCCUUCUCAAAGAUAUCGCCAAUGUAGUGCAGAGAAUGGAUGAAAGGCGACAUGAGCGCCAUCUUGAAACGGAGAUUCUGAGCGAAUGGAAGGAAGCCGCCGAUGUGGUUGACCGGUUCCUUAUGUUAGUGUAUUUCAUUGCUGUUUUGUGUAUCACUGUCGCUUUUCUACUAAUCAUAUCGGGUGGAAAAUAACUGAAGUCACCAGCUGUGAUAAAAAGUACCGGACGGGGAUUCAGCUUUUCUGGGGAAAAACAGUUCAAAUGAUGAACUCUCCCUAUGCAUCAGGCAUGCCACGAAAAGGAGGGAAGGUCCGUUCUGUAGUUGAUUGCCUACAUGAGAUCUUCCACUGACUCGAUCAGAUUAACGGGGCUAUCGAAAAAAUCUUCGUGGGGGUAAUAUUCACAUUCUGGUGAGUUCUGGUGUAAACGUAUUUGAGUGUUUCCGUUUCCUGUUUUUAUGACUGUUUUCCCUCAUUGGUUGGGAAUGCGGAGUGACAGAUUGGCAUGUUUCUCUGUUUCCCCCUCAGUUGGGACUUUGGAAGGUUACUUUUGAACUAUUGUACUUUUGCAUAAGUGCACUCAACAUUGCCGCCGGACAUGUAUAUCACAACUUUGAAUAAUCGAUGUUGUAUUCGUAUACGUAGUCUAUC